AUGGAACAAAACAUUGGCAUGUGGGGAGCGCUGAAGGAUUCAGCUUGUGAUCUGUUGAACGAUGUCGGUGGAAUAUUGGCGGUCGCAGGAAAGGCUAUAGCCAACGGUUUCUUGUUGUGUGAGAAUUUAGAAGGAACAAUUGCUGAGUUCAAUGCCUUAAGAGAAAACAUUUUCGAUUUUCAGUUUGAGUUGGUGGACAUUCUGGCCAGAAUAGUGAGAAGUAACCUAGCUAAUAAGCUGGCUGCUUCCAUUGGAAAGCAACAAAACGAUUUAUUCAAGGCUCACGAACUGUUAGGAGGAUUUCUAAUGUCCCAGAUAUUUAUUCAGUCUCAAGCCUGGCUAUAUUGUGAUAAAAUUGAGUACUUGAAUGAGGGAGAAAGAGUCCAGGUCUGUCUACCAGACACUGGUCUCUUCACAAACAACGACCUGGAUAAACUUGUGGCGUUUACAGACCAUAAAACGUACAUCUCGAUUGAGCGUACCGUAUUCAUCCCCUCAAAACCUCAGUCAGACGAAGAUACGGGUUUCAUCAACAUUCAGAAGUUAGCUGAAGAAAAAACUGCCUCAUUUAAACUUCCUCGAGAUAUAAAGUGGCUUUACAAAUUUCACUGGAGCUUGAUGGGCGAGCCCCAUGCUCCUUACGUUGAGAACUUUCAACUGUUUCUCCCCAACAAAGAGCAUGAUAAAACUGGUGCAGCAAAAGUCCAGACAUCAACCCGUAUAGUUGUGUCAGCCGAUCCAGACGCAGGUAGCUACAUUUCUACAGAUGAAGCAAAUUCAGUGCGUUAUUUAUUGCCAGAGAAACAAACCUCUUACGUGACAGUGUACCAAGAAGGCUAUCGAAAGUCAACUUGCUCAAGGGAAAUCCCCAAUCCAUACAGUCUGUGUAACAACCUGCCAAAGAUUUGUCAUACGUCAUCUAAAGUGGCAGGUGACAGUCUUCUUCCCACAACAUUGUCCAGGUGGAAGAUCACGUACACAGUACAGUCAGGAGAGAACGAGGCGGAGUGGCUGGCUCCUAACUCAGCCACUGACCUGUACUUCAUUGCUAAGCUAACACUUCGAAUGACCCCUCGCAAGUCGCCCAAAAACCUGAGGUCUGUGAACCCGGUGGAUGAACAAGAUGUAUGUUGUCAAGACAACACUUAUCGCUCGUCUCUGGUUACCAGUGAGUGUGUGGAGUGUCCAGCAGAAUCUACAUCAAGGUUGGGAGGGUACUAUUGCGAAGUCAACCCGUCGGCGAAAACUGGAGAGAAGAGAGGGCAUAAACAUAAGAAGCGGGAGCAAAGGAAACAGAAAAAAUCUCGUGAACGUGAUCAAGCUGAACACCUUUAAAAAAGGACGAAAAAAGACGUUCAUCAUUCUAUGAUUGGGUUUCUAUGCUUAUCAUGCAUUCCAACAAAUUGUUAUUUUUGUGAAUCCCAGCGGAUAUAAACAUUGUGUUAUUGUUCCUAACACCCCUCUGUAACAGAUCCAGUGGAAUCUAUAUCUUGACCGGGUUGUCGGAGACAACGUCACCGGUUUGGUGUAUUUUCCACUGGGGUUUUUUCUGUAGUUGUGUAUCUCCUGUUAAAGCUAAUAGGGGUGGCAGGUUUUACAUCUUUACCGCGGGUAUGAACGGCCUUUGAAAACGUUAUACAUAUUUCUCUAGCGAGAAGAACUAAAAGAUUUACACUUCUUUUAUGAGAGAUCGAUCACCUGUUCCCCCCGAUUUCUUUUGUCAAUGGUAACAAUUUUUUAUACUUUUCAAGUUUAGUAGAAAGUGUCUGGGGGAGCAAAAAUUUAGCCGGGCAGAAACAAACUAUUCAUCAGUUAUCGGAGAGGCUAAAUUAUCACUGGGUAGACUGAAUUAAACCACUGGGUAGGGACUCACUGGGUCUGUUACAGAAGGGUGUUUCCUAGUGUCAAACUAUUUAAAUUCGCUGAUAAAACCUCGGUUAUAAGAUUCCUUCAAAAACUGCACCACUUUCCGAUGAUAUGUGGUUUGCUGGUUAUGAAACUUUUGCCGUGCAGCCUUCCUCUGAAAAGUCGGUAAAGUGGUGAUUUUAAUUAUUUAUUCAUUUUAAUGUGAGAUAAAUUCUAAAUUCCAUAAGAUUUUUUGCCGCUAAAAACAAAUGAAAAUGAGGAAACAUUACAAUUAUUUGUGUCAUAGAAUAUGAUAUAAACGAGCAAACUUAACUUGUCAAAUUAAUCUUCAAUCCACCACAUAAAUAAAUUAAUAUUAUAAAUCAAAUGUUAUUGAAUGUUAUUGAUGUUAUAUAAAUUCAAGAAGUUGCCGUUUUGUAGACUUCCGAACCGCGUCGUUCCCAUCUCUUAGGCCCUGCUUAUUGUCUUGUCCUGCUUAUUGGCAAAAGGAUUUUAGCACACCACACCGGAAAAGGAUAUGAACACAACGUUGUUGUUCCCAGGUCACUCUCGGACAUGUUUACGAUGCUUUUGUCUAUUCCCGACAUUUUAAGGUUUGUAAGCAUUUUAUGCACGAGUAGCUAUGACGCGUUUACGUAUGACCUCUGUCUUUGGCGGUCCACACCAAAACAAUAGAUGACCAUAGACAUACGUGUUAAAAAAUCCCACUUUCGAGAUAAAACCUCGAAAACCUCUUCUGUGAUAGUUUUAGUUUCUCCACCGACGAACUUCAUUCGUGUGUAAAGAAUGCGUCGCGAAGUCCAUAAAACAUCUGCUUUGAAGACGAAAAAACCUGCGUGGUAGAAGAAGUCCCGCUGAUUCGCUGAUAAGUCGGACCAAUCAGAAUAGGCCAUUUUCGAGUUGACCCACCAAGCCUCCAUUUUAAAACGAGGUUAAUAGCUAAGUCUGAUAAAAAAAUUAUUGAAAAUUAAAUGUUAUUCUCGUGCAAAUAAAACUCAUUUUGACAAGAAAGGUUUGGCACUUAAAAGAGAUUAGAUCGUAACUCGUACUACAGAAUUCAACGAACAGUAAUUGUGUUCAUUGUGUCAAUAAAUGUACCCUUUUAUGGGUAUCUUUUUAAAAAGUUAAAUAUUUUACUGUUUAAUAACUUGAAGAGAACAAUAGCCGGGAUAUAUUGAUUGACGUUAACCUUUUAUUUGAUUCUUGAAGUUGAUCUUCGCUAUGUGUUGAGUCAGUUGUUCAUGCUGUUCGCUGUUUGCAAACUUUAGGGAGAGAUAACUGUGCUUAAAAACGUUCAAGGUGAGCCACUCUUCUUACUUGAAAUUAAUUUCAAGAUUUUUUUCCAGAAACUUCAUUUAUUUACAUAAAAUAUGAAUUUAUUGUAAGAGAAUGGACAGAAACCCCACGAUUUUUUUGUCAGCUGUGAUCAAAAACAGGCUUAGAUGUGGUUGCAAUGCGAACAUAUUUAAAAGGCUAUAACUGUGAAAUUCAGUCUGUUCCACCAUUGUUAGGUUUUAAUCCUGUUUAAAUUUAAUUACUGUUUAACCGAGUUAAUAGAAAGGACGUUUACAGCAGUAAGACAGAAAUGAUGGAUAUGACGUUUUGCUUUUGUUUCUAGACAUGCACUCAAAAUCAGUGAACUGUUUAUAUACGAAUAUUGAGAACUUAUGCUUCACCACAAAACUUAUUAUAACUGCGUGGAUUUGGCAAUUAACUCCGGAAACGUUUUCGAUCAUUGUGAGAGACACUUGGAUGUAGAAAAUCAACCCGCCCGAAACAAUUUUCAGUUAAUUAAAUUUUUGAGGUUCAUUGGAUAUGGUAAAACCUUUUUACCCUAAAAGCGGCGGAAAAAGCCUUGAACGUUAUGUAAUGGAUUGAUACAUUUCUGUGGGUUCGCUUGAGGAAAAGACCUAUCAAAACAGUUUAAAGACUAACAGUUUAAAGACUACCCACCCUGAGAAUUUAAAAACAUUCGUUACAAAGGCCAGUGUUUUAAAAAGGGUGAAUUCAGUUUAUCUGAUACAGAUGCGACCUCUUUACAACUGUUUUUAAUAACAUGUAACUUUUCACGCUUUGUGAUUUUGCAACUAAUGAUGGUCUGUAGUGUUGAUAUAAGUCACAAAUCCUUGAAAAGGUAUGUCCCUGUUGGAAAAGUUCAGUCUAUAUUGUGAGUUUCAAUACCACGAGGCUACUUCUUUACUAUUGGGAGAAAAAAAAAUUAAAAAGUAACGUCUUAACUUUUGAUGCCUAGAUAACAUCGAAAACUCCCACCCAUGUCGUGUUUGUACACACUCUAGGUCACUCUAAAAUUUACAUAACUCACUGAACGUCUGUUGUUAAAGGAGAACUUUACAGAGAAAAAAGUCGACCAAUGUAUUGCUAAUAAGUGAGCUGUAUGAGAGAACGUCAUCAAAGAAACGUUCCUUUUUGCGUUGUUGGCCGAUUUAAGAUACAGGAAGAAGACGGUGUUGUUCUUUUACAUGUUUAUAUUAUCACCCGGCCAAGGUUCAUUGUUAUUAGAAAGGGCAGGCUUUUAAGCCGACUUGUAAUUUAGACGCUGAGUUGUUGUGUGGAAUUGUUUUGCAUGUUAACAACAGCUGCCGCUCUUUGUUUUUUUCCUGCGCAAAUCGGUCUAAGACAAUAAGCUGCCAUAUCACUUUUUUCUCCUUUCUUUCUAUUUUUAACACAGUUUUUGAGCCUUAGUUUUGGCUUCAUUAUCGUACCAUGCAAUCUCGUUCCUCAAAAAGUCCCAUUAUGGUCCAUUAAAGUGGAAGAUCUAUAUCCAUUUCAAAGGUUCUGAUUUCUAAAUGGGGAACGAUUAUAAUGAAAAAAGGUAAAAAAAAUAAAUAAAUAAAUAACGAUACAAUUAGAUCUCCCGAAGUUUAAGCAAAAUAAACGGCACCACAGGAGAGAACUGAACCUAAACUCAACCCGCGAGAAGCCUGGGUACUAACAACUCGAUUUGUUUGUGUUUUGGUCAAGUACUGAAAAAGAAAGUACGUCAUAAACUUUAGACUUUUCAUUCCUAGUUCCCGUCGUUACUUUAGAUCACGAGCGCUUCAGAGAAAAAACUUUUCUUACCCCCAAAAAGCUCUAAAUAAAAAAUUUCAACCCCGCAAAAAUCCUUCGACCAUCCCUGUCACUUCAAAUCCGGAUUCCCACCCCUCUUGGCCUGGGUCUAUAUCCCAGGAAAGAGACCUCGCUCGGGCUUGAGGUAAUAUAUUAUACAUGAUAUGACUUCGAUUUUAUGCACAGGGUACCACGCAUAAUCAAAGGAUAUGAGUUUGAUUCAAUCCCUCUCAAACAAACAUUGGCAGGAGACUCUGGAGUUCCCCAGUGAAGGUAUUCGUUUUUUUUUUUUUUUUUUUUUUUUUUUUUAAAAAAAGGGUGUUGAACCUUUCGAGAUAUACAGAACCUCUUAAAAUGGUGCCUUUAUCUUGUUAGGAUUUAAAGAGUACUUAAUCUCACGUUCCCAAAAAAGUGGCGAUAACUACAAAUACGUCAUCUAUGAAGCUGACAACGAGGACAGCCCUCCCCGGACAGUCGUGCUUGAAGGCCCAGCAAACGACACAAGGGAUCCCCUGAAGGGAUAUCGCCGGGUGGAGCUUGCAGUAAGUUCGAUCAAUGACAAGUCAUACAUCACUGGUAUAAAAAACGGCGACGAUUGCGUUUUGAAGAUUACUGAUGAACAAACUUAG